CGCACCACUACUUAAAAGCCUUUGGACGUCAGCGCCAUUGCUAAACGGUUUUUAACUAUUCAUGGUAGAAUUAUUUUUUGUUUUAGGCGAAGUAUAGGCUAAACUAUUCCUCCUGACUCAUUCGGACGAGGUUUUCUAUCUCUUACGAGGUAAAUCGACGAGAUGGAGGAUAAUGUUCCAGAGCACGUGGACGAGUCUGCAGCAAAGACGGAUACCUCAGAGAUGAAAAAAGAGGUAAAGACGGGUCCUGACUAUAAAUCAAGAGGCCGUGGAAUCAGGGGGCGAGGUAGAGGCGGCCAGUUGGGACGAGGAGGUCGCGGUGGACGUGGAAUGAUGAUGAAAGGUUUUGGCCCACAAGGUCGAGGAAGGGCCAGGAAUCACGAUGGGUUCAUGAAUGGAUUCAGACCAAUUAGGAGGGGAAUGGGUAGAUCACCACCAUAUCUGGAUAUGCAAGGCAGAAAACGAGGCAGAGGUGAUGCUAUGAGCAUGUGUGUAGGACCACCACCUCCACCUCCUCCUCCUCCACCUCCUCCUCCUCCUCCACCCAUGCAUCUAAGGGGACCUCAUCCACCUAUGCACAGGCAUGGUCCACCUCCGCCACUUCCACCACCUCCACCCGGGCAUCUUCCUUUCAGAGGUUUUCCUCUGCGCCCAAGAGGACGGGGCAUGAUGCCCUCUGGCUCGCAUCGCCACUUCCACCCCAGAGGGGGGACUUAGUCACCCUUUCGGAAGACACUGGGACAUGGCGGCAGGACACUACACCCCGCUCUCUCCCUCUGCCCCAGUGAUGUGCAGUGAGUCGCUCCCUGUCCCUUUCCCCAGUAACCAAGGUGAGUCGUCUUUUGUGUCCAACAAUCUCCACUACCCCCUCUACCCAGGUCUCUUUUGCUCAUAAGCACAGUGAGACAGACACCAUAAGUUGAACUGGUGCAGACCCUUAACCACUAAUAGCACUUUACUACCGGGUAGUGCGACAUGGUUCUGUACAUGAACUGUUUUUCAAUUGCCAUUCUUGCCCAAAUACAUUGAAUACCAAACAGGCAUAUAAGGGUGGAAGUUGAUUGUAUAGAUAGUUCUGUACUGUGGGAAAGCAUUAUAAGUUACCAUCGUACAGUUAUUGCGAUGUGUUCUUUUCUUCUUGCAUUUAAAUGGAUUUAUUUAAGGCACCACUGAAAAUGCAUUGAGAUAUUCAUAUUGAGAGUUACUCCUCAAUUUUUGCAUGCAAACAUAGCAUUAACUCUUAAAAGAAUUCUUGAAGAGCCAUUGCUUUGUCAAUUGUGAGCUAAUAUGAGUGUUGGUUGCCAUCAACUAUGAACCAUCUGCUCAAAAGUGCUAAGUUGGUCUAGGAAGAAAAAUCUAGAAUGGAAUUUGUCGUGCGAAACGCUUACGAGAUCUAUGUUGGUUUUUACCAAGGCUAAAAACACAUUGGUUGCAGCUCAAACUUGGUAUUAAGUAGUCUAUAAUAUGAAUAUUUACAUCAGAUACUUUAUCUACACUGUGUGAGACAUUCAUUUGAAUAACACUGUGAUUGGGCCAUGGCUGAAAUGAACAAACAGAACAAGCGAGUGUGCAGCACAUGAUACAUUUGAACAGCUCACUAUGACUGGGCAGCCAAUCAGAACACAGCACGUUCGACCGAACAGGGUGUAUCCCAAACUGCAUACUGUCCUCCUAAGCUAUGAAGCAACAGCUGGUGGUGCACUGUUGGGUGAGAAAUACUUGAUUGUUCUUCAUUACUAAACUUAAGUAUUAUUUGGGUGUAUUUAUACUUGAGUAUAAGUUCAGUACUUGCACUAUUACUUAAUUACACUGAAAUAAACCUUACUUUUUGCCCAGUGCACUUUUAUUCAGACCUACAAAGUACUCAUUACAAAUCAAACUUGCCACAGUGCUUGAGGAUGAGCACCCCUGGCCCUACCGCUGUCAAAUAUUUCAGUGUACUGGAGUAGGCAAAGACUCGUAUAAAAUGAGGAAACUCUUUUACCUCUGAACUCCAUCUAAUAUGAAAAUUAGGUGUUUUGCUAAGUUGAUAACAUUAACUUAGCCUGUUUUCAUUGCUAAUGCCAGGUUAGACAGCUAUGAUUGCUAGGAAGCAAAUCCAAAUUCUAGCUAACGGUAAAUAUUGCAUUCUUACAGAGAUUGAAUGGUGUUUUUUCAGGCAAAACAGCUUAUAAUUUUUUUCUAAAUAGUUUCACAUGAAAACAUGACUAACUUUUAACUAAUUUUUAACAUGUACUUUUUAAUGAAAUAAAUGAGUAUAUUUUCUUUAAAUGAGUAUAUUUUAAAAGUAGCAACAUUUUACUUGCGUACUACAUGUCAGGACAUUUUUUUGAUACUUCCACACUUAAUUGAGUACGAAUUUGACACGUUAUUUAUACUUUCCCUUAAGUAUUAUUUCUCAGUCCACCCCUGUACUGAGUACUAGACAGAUUGGAAAAACAUCACCCAUCUGUCACAAGGUUUUAUGUGUUUACGUGCAUUUUGAGAUGCUUUUCUGCUCAUCACCUUUGUAAACGGUGGGUAUUUGAGUUCCUACCCUGCUGAAAAACCCCCCAGCUAAAACCAGCCUAAGCUGGUUAGCUGGUCUUAGCUGGUCUUCCAGCCUGGUCAUAGCUGGUUCAGCAGGCUGGUUUUAGAGGUGUUUUAACCACUUUUUUAGCUGGUUAGGCUGUUCUUAGCUGGUCAGUGUUGGUCAGGCUGAAAUUUUCAAAAUAAAAAAGCUGACUAUAUUUGGUCAGACAACUUGGCAGAAAUCCUACAGCAAUAUUUCAGUCUGGUAUGAUUCAGGGCAUGCUACAAAUUUUGUUACAAUUUAUUUGUGCAUCCAGUUUAAUAAUUUUGUUGUAGAAUUGUGAGAUAUAUUUUAGAUUAUUAACAACUGAAAUAAGUAGUUACACUAUGCUACCCAGUCUGCCUGACUACCCUUGUGACUGUCUGAUUAAUUAUUCAAUAGAUAAGAUGAACACCAGCUUGACCAGGCUGGGAGACCAGCUUAAACCAGCAAAGACCAGCCAACCAGCCUAGGAUGCUUUUAUCCUUUUUUCAGUAGGGUACAGACUUCCUUUCAACUCAAAACAGUCUGGCCAUUCUUCUCUGACCUCUUUGAUCAACAAGGUGUUUGCACCCACAAAAUUUUAGUUUUUUUGUAAACUCUAGGGAUUAUUGUGUGUGAAAAUCCUGGGAGUUCAGCUGUUUCUGAAGUACUCAAUCCAGCCCAUCUGGCACCAAGAACCAUGCCACUGUCACUAAGAUCACAGUCCCCUCACCCCUAAUUCUGAUGCUCACCGUGGUUGUAAGAAUAAUAGUGUAAUAGUGAGUUGCAUGUUAAUACAAGCAGUAAUCAUCGUUGAAAUCAGUGUUUUUUGACUGUACACACAUGUUGAAGGACUUGAGAGCAGCUGAAGAAUAAUUAUGCUGAGUUUUGUCUUUGGGCUACACAAACUACUUGAACAAAUAUUUACGAAUGAUGAAUGUAUCGAAUCAUCAGUUUUUGACUGUUUGUGCUUCAUGUCCAGGCAGAAAACAGCACUGACACUCCCACGUUGCAGGAUGGUGAGUGUAGGAUGCAAAUCUGUGUGUGGCGAGUGUGCUUUUUUGGCUAGCUAGGUGGUGUUCAGGUCCAGGUGAGGUCCACCAUGAUGGUCACUCCAAGCAUUCUUUGACUCUCUCAGAAGCUUGGAGUGAACACUUAGGAAUGGUAUGGGGAACUUAUUCAGAAGACAUACGGAAACACGUUUUUGAGCCACUUUUACUGAUACUUUUAGCUACUGAUUCGGGGUUAGCUCAGAAGCUUACUGUCUAACUUCACUUGAGUGGAACUCACUUGUAUGGUAUGUGGAUUGCAGCCAUGGCCCAAUAACAAUGAGUGUACAUGUAUUAGCUUAUGGGACAUGAAAGUAGUGCCUUUGUCACUGCUAUGUGGCCUCAGAGCUUUAUAUUUAAAAAAAAAAAAAAACAGUACAGGAGGAGCCAAUUGUUUCUAAUAUAGAGCAUCUAUCUGAAAUACCGUGUUGUCCAUUAAUCCCUCUUUUGGGAGAUAAUCUGUGUGAUGUUCUACACCUUCUGUUCUUUAUUUGUAUAUUUUGUAUAUUGUGUGUGUGUGUGUGAGUGCGUGCACCGCAUGGGGUCAGGUGAGUAAUUGCUCCAAAUAUUUGAAUAAAUUAACCACAGAUACGAGGAAACAGGGCUAAGGACUAAAACAGAACAAUUAAAUCAAACCCUCCAGACAUACAAAACAGAAACUGAAUGAAAUUUAAAUAUUUAUUUCUGAAGAAAGUAUCAUCCAAAACUAAUAGAACCAUGAUUUUUUGUUGUUGUUGUUGUUGUUACAAUAUGGAAGCAGGUAAAAACAUAUAAAGUGCAGAAGGUCAACUUUUAUUUUUAUGGCGGCCCCAGAGCAAAAUACUGCUGCAUUUGACUAAAGGUCGUAAUUCUUGAAUUAUACUCAGGAACUUGGGAUAGUCUCCUCAGCUCUGAGUUCCUCCGAGUUCAUCAAGUGAUGUCAAAUAAACAUGGCUGCUCCCAUCAUCAACAGUAAACACAGCAAUAUGUCUUACCUUUAAAUGAGUUUAUACAAGUAUUUGCUGUAGAUCAAUCAGCAUAUAGAUAUAUUUGCUUGUUAAAUCUAUGACACUGAUUAUACAGGUUUAAUUUCCUCCUUUUUUUUUUUUUUUUACUUCAAUUUUGUUUACAGAAUUUGAAAAUUACAUAAUUCCAAGCUCCAACUUCUCACUUACGACUUAAAUCGUAUACAGAAUACACGCACAGAAAUUGAAUGUUAAAAAUGAAAAAUAAGUUAAAAAUAAUUACCAAAUGAUAUUACCAAACGAUAUGACUGCUUCUACCAUCAGAGGAGGUAAUGUGUUUUAUAGUUUGCUGUGAAUUGUUUGUAUUUUAUGUUUUAUUUUCUUCUUCUGCACACUUUACAGUACGGAACAUUUUCAGGAGUCUCCAGGGAUGGUGAGUGACUCACAUACGGCUUUCAUGGUUGUGCUUUAAAAACAAAAAACAAACCUGUAUAUUGCAGAUAAAUGCCAUUGACAUGUUCUCAUCUCACCAGUGGUGGUUAGUCCGUAUGGGCAUAUUAACUAUUCAACACAAGACCUCUGAAGGUGUGCUGUGGUAUCUGGCACCAAGACGUUAUCAACAGAUCCUUUAAGUCCUGUAAGUUGCGAGGUGGGGCCUGUAAGAGGUUCAGUCGGAUUGAGAUCUGGGGAAUUUGGAGGUCAAUUCAACACCUUGAACUUGUUUUCAUGUUCUUCAAACUGUUCCUGAACAAUUUUUGCAGUGUUGCAGGGAGCAUUAUACUGCUGAAAGAUGCCACUGACAUUAGGGAAUACCGUUGCCAUGAAGGGGUGUACUUGGUCUGCAACAAUGUUUAGGUAGGUGAUACCUGUCAAAGUAACAUCCACAUGAAUGCUAGGACCCAAUAUUUGAACAUUAUCCAGGGCAGUGUUUUGAAACUGGGGGGCCACCAGAUGGCGCCAGGGGGGCCACAUAGAAAUUCUAGAACAUUAUUAUUAUUUUUUUAAUUAAUUUUAUCCGUAAGUCAGGAUUAUCAACCUUCAAACUAUGAUGUAAAUAAAAAUGAGAAAUAUUCAUAAAUUAAAUCAAUUAUACACAGCACACUAAGACACCCAUCAAACAGAGACAUCCGUUGAUAUACUAGUGUAUAGUACUGUUAGCCACACGCUGAUAAAACCUAAGACUAUUUGUUUUUAAGAUAGAGGACGUAGUCUCUUAGCCUAGCAUGGAAAAAAUAAAAAUGGGGAAAAUGUGAUGACUCUAGGGGGCCCCAAAGGGAUGCACCCUAACAAGGGGGGCGUGUUUGAGAGCCACUGGUCCAGAGCAUCACACUGCCUCCACCAGCUUGCCUUCUUCCGAUAGUGCAUCCUGGUGCCAACUCUUCCCCAGGUAAGCAACACACACGCACCCGGCUGUCCACAUGAUAUAUAAAAAAACGUGAUUCAUCAGACCAGGCCAUCUUCUUCCAUUGCUCCAUGGUCCAGUUCUGAUGCUCACAUGCUCAUUGUAGGUGUUUUUGGUGGUGGUCAGGGUCAGCAUGGGCGCUCUGACCAGUUUGCAGCUACGCAGCCCCGUACACAGCAAGCUGUGAUCCACUGUGUGUAUCAACACACCUUUCUAUUAGAGCCAGCAUUGACUUUUUCAGCAAUUUGUGCUACAGUAGCUCUUCUGUGGGAUCGGACCAACUGGCUAGCCUUUGCUCCCCAUGAGCAUGAGAAAUGUGGCGAAUCUAACAAAAAACAAACAAACAGAUGAACUAAAUUUCUUUACAAAUGAGUCAAAUUACAACAGUAAGGUUCUUCUGUUUUUGUGUAUAGAUCAUAAUAAAUAGUUUUAGGUCUUCAAAUGAAAUACAGCAUAAAACAAAGGCAACCUGAGUAAACACACAAUACAGUUUUAUUUAUUUAUUUAUUUAUUACAAAAACGUUAACCAACACCUAUCACCAAUGUGAAAAACUAAGUGCCCACUUAAACUUAAAAUCUGGUUGUGCCACCAUUAGCAGCAAUAACUGCAACCAAAUUCUUCCGAUAACUGGACGUUGGUCUUUCAUUUAUUUCUAGGACUAGGAUUUACUCCUGUACUUUGGAUCAUUGUUUUGCUGCAUAAAUAAGUUGCGCUAGAAUUUCAACUUACAGACUGAAGACUGGACAUUCUCCUUUAGAGUUUUCUUGUAGAGAGCAGAAUUCAUGUUUCCCUCAAUUAUUGCAACUUGCCCAGGUCCUGAAGCAGCGUCUUAAAGCAGAAUUCUGUGUUUGGUUUACGCCAGAUGUAACGGGAUCCCUGUCUUCCAAACAGUUCCACUUUGGACUCAUCAGUCCACAGAACAUUCUCCCAAAAGGUUUGAGGAUCAUCAAGGUCUGUUUUGGCAAAAUUCAGACGAGCCUUAAUGGAUGCCAUCCUUGAUGCCAUUCUUAUGGAUGCCAUAUUUGCCCAGUGUCUUUCUGAUAGUGGAGUCAUGAACAGUGACCUUUAUUGAUACAAAUGAGGCCUGUAUGUCCUUUGAUGUUGUCCUUGGCUCUUUUGUCACUUCCUGGAUGAGUUGUUGCUGUGCUCUUGGAGGAAUUUUGGAAGGUUGGCCACUUCUUGGAAGGUUCACUACUGUGCAGUUUUUUUUCCAUUGGGAGAUAUCGGCUCUUACUGUGCUCCUUUGGAGUCCCAGAGCCUUUGAAAUAGCUUUGUAACCCUUCCCAGACUGAUGUAUUUCAAUCAGCUUCUCCCUCAUCAUUUCUGGACUCUCUUUCAACUUUGGCAUAGUGCAUUACUGGGUAAGAUCUUUUAACCAACUUCAUGUUGAAAAAGUUCUAUGUAAGUGUUGAUGUGGUUGAACAGGGUUUGCAGUAAUCAGGUCUGGUUGUGUCCAGUCCAGCUGAACCCCAUUAUGAAUGCAGUUUCAUAGAUUUGGGGAAUUCGUAAUUACAGGGGCAAGUAAAUAACAUUAUCAUUUAAAAUUCUGUAUUUUGGGUUUACUCAGGUCGCCCUUGUUUUAUAUUUGAUUUUGUUUUAAUUUCUGAAAUUAGUUAGUAUGAGAUGCACACAAAAACAGAAGAAAUCAGGAAAAUAUUUUUUCACAGCACUGUGUGUCAGACUUGUAUUAUUUGACUCUUUAUAAGUCUGUUCAGUGCUGGCUUUAAGACCAGACUACUUUUCUAUCUAUCUUUUUGCUCUCUUGUUAAAAAUUGAUGCACGUAGUUAGUUAAUUCAAGUCCAUUCAAGUCUCGUUGACUCUCAACUGCCUAGUACGGGGUUACUCUGAUAAAUGUAUCCUAUAGUGUAAGUUUAGUCUCUUGACUUCAUUUUUUUUGAGGCAAUAUGUUAUUAACCUCAUCGUUAAUGUCGUCCUGCCCCACCAAGAUGUGCGGUCACGAUCCGCUGCUGUAUUUCACUGAUGGUUGUUUUAAGGAUUUUCAUUCAAACUUGCAUCACUUUUUUUCCUCUCAUAAACCUUUACGAUAUGUAGUGUGUGUUAAUUCAGUUCGAAUGUGAUUGAUUUGAAUUCUGUCAUUAAAGGUUGUUUUGAGGAA